AUGUUCUCGCCGCCCGCGCCGCACGCGCCGAGCGAGGCGCACAUGAGCGUCGUGGCGCGCCACCCCAAGGUCAGCGUGCGCGUCGUGCUGCAGAGCGCCGUCUUUGAGGCCGGCGCGCCCGUCGCCGGGCAGCUGGAGCUCAGCUGUGCGACGGGCACGCGCCUGCGCCUCGGCGAGAUUGCCGUCGAGCUCGAGGGCCGCGAGGAGCACUGCGCUGGCUGA